CUCCAUCAAGAGCGCACCAUCACCCCAGAGAGAAAACGAGAGAGAAACCAUGUCUUCCGAGAAGCCGCCGUUCCUGGUCCUCUCCCCGGCUCUCCAGACGUACGCCUGGGGCAAGAGGGGGUCGCAGAGCGAGGCGUGCAGCCUAAAAGCAAGCGCUGACCCUGAUUUUGUGAUCGACGCAAACCAAACUUACGCUGAGUUGUGGAUGGGAACGCAUAAAAAGGGUCCUUCGGUAAUCAGGCACCCUCAACCUCUUGCCGGAACGCUCCUCUCUGAUUGGCUGAAAAUGAACCAAUGGGCUCUCGGGGAGGUGGUUGCCACGGAAUUUGGCGGGGAGCUCCCGUUCCUCUUCAAGGUCCUGUCGGUGAACCAGGCACUGUCGAUCCAGGCUCACCCGGACAAGACACGAGCCGGCGAGCUUCACUCACGAGCUCCCGACAAGUACCCAGACGCAAACCACAAACCCGAGAUGGUCAUCGCUCUGCGUGAGUUCGAGGGGAUGUGCGGAUUUCGACCGUUUUCGGAAAUACAGUCGUGGGUCGUGGCUGUACCGGAACUACAACAGGUUUUGGGUGACAAGGUGACGGAGGCAGUGGCUACUCUUGGGGAAGAUGCCUCCCCAGAGGACCAGCUCUCGGUGCUCCGACUGGCUUUCUCCUCGCUCAUGUCGGCCGACCCUGUCGCCGUGAGGGGACAGCUGGAAGCCCUGGUCAAGAGGGUCCGAGCUAUCUCCUCCAGUUCUCUGAGUCGGGAGGAGCAACUUGUGUGUCAGCUGGACCAGCUCUAUCCUGGAGAUGUCGGCUGUUUCUGCCUGUUUUUCCUAAACGUGGUCCCGCUCUCCCGCGGUGGAUCUCUCUUCCUCCCUGCCAAUGAACCUCACUGUUACCUCAGUGGAGAUGUGGUGGAGUGCAUGGCUUGCAGUGACAAUGUUGUAAGAGCCGGCCUGACUCCAAAGUUCAAGGACAAAGACACUCUCUGCGACAUGCUGACCUACACCUCCAGCACCCCGGACCGCUUCCGCGUGGCUCCUCAGAAAGACAAACAGAGCGAGUUCUCCGAGAUCUACGACCCUCCGAUUCCCGAGUUUGCCGUAGCCAGAGUCAGUGUACCGGCUGGAGCAGGCGAUUUUAGUCUGCCUCCACUCCAGGGUCCAAGUAUUCUACUGGUAGUAGAAGGAGAAGCUAGUCUGUCAGCUGGUGAGCUGAGCUAUGAUGCCAGAAGAGGCGUUGUUUUGUUUGUCUCUGCACAAACUGAAGUGAAAUUUUCUCCUGUGGACAGAGAUCAGCAGAUUCUCAUGUACAGAGCGUACUGCCAACUGCAGAGUUGAAAUCAUCCUUCCAAACUGUUUUGCAUUAGUGUGAGAAUCAUGUCUGGGACACUUUUUAAGCUAUUGUGAUAGUGUAUGUUCUAAUAAAAUUAUCCCCUUGAGUUUACUAUUGGACAGUGUGUAAGUUGUUUCACC